AUGACAUCCCAAUCACAACCUAUACCGAUAUCACCCACUACAUCACUACACAGACAGGUCUCAUCUUCAUCUCGACCCGUACGUAGACCUUCAAUACAAGGGCAAGGUAACUCAGCCGGAGGAUCAACUUCGAUCGCACGUAGACCUUCAAGAGCACAACAUCCACCUAUGAUCACUCCUCCCCAAAGAGCUUUAUCACAUCAAGAAGCAUUAGAAGCAUUGAGGGGUUUCUUGAAAGAAAGAUCAAGUUAUGAUGUUUUCCCUGUAUCUUUCAGGUUAAUAGUAUUGGAUACUCAACUGAAAGUCAAAAAAGCCUUAGAUGUAAUGUUACUUUAUGGUGUCGUAUCUGCUCCAUUAUGGAAUACAUCAACAGCUAAAUUCGCAGGAAUGUUUACUGUUCAAGAUGUAAUUCAUUUAAUACAGUAUUAUUACCAUACUUCAUCAUGGGAAGGUGCAACUGCCGAUGUUGAGCAAUUCAGAUUACAUAGUAUCCGAGAUAUCGAGAGAGCGAUAUCAGUUCCACCACCACCAUUACUUUCAGUUCAUCCAUUCAGACCACUUUACGAUGCGUGUAGAUAUUUGAUCAGAACGCACGCCAGAAGAUUACCUUUGAUAGAUAAAGAUACUCAAACAGGUGGCGAAGUCGUUAUAAGUGUUUUGACACAAUAUAGAGUAUUGAAAUUCAUUGCUAUGAACUGUCGAGAUAUCACUCAAUACCUCACUGCAUCAGUACAAGAAAUGGGAAUAGGGACAUACGUUUCAACCGAAUCAAAUCCAGAUCCCACCAAUAACUCCAGUCCUUAUUAUCCUCUCGCAACGGCAACUAUGCAAACUACGGUCUUUGAUGUAGUUCAUAUGUUCUCCGAACAAGGUAUCAGUGCUGUACCUAUAGUGGAUAGUGAAGGCAAAGUGUUGAAUCUGUACGAGACUGUUGAUGUCAUAACUCUGGUCAGGAAUGGCGCAUACACCUCACUGGAUCUGACAAUUUCACAAGCAUUGAAACAGAGGGCAGUAGAUUUCCCAGGUGUGGUAACUUGUUCACCAAGAGAUUCAUUAUCUGCCAUCUUCUCGUUAAUCAAGAUAAGACGGGUCCAUCGACUGGUCGUAGUUCAAGGAAGGGAUGAUCCUCAUCCUGGUAGAUUCGUGGGAGUAAUCAGUUUGAGUGAUAUCAUGCGAGCUUUGAUCGGCAACGACAUCCCCCUUGGUGGAGCAGGCGUAGGUGCUGAAGUGGUAGAUAAAGCAUUGAGAGAAGAAGCAGCCGAGGCAGAAGGUAACGAUUCGUUCGCUCUGUCUGAAGGAUCUCUUUCGGCUGGACAAAGCUUAGAGGGUUAG